ACUUUGCAUCCUGUCUUCACCAAGUACUGGUCUUCACCAAGUACUGGUCGGCUCCCAGAGCUGCGGCCCACUGUACGGUGAGGACCUACACCCAGCAUCUAUGGUCGGACCCUCUGCUGAGCACUGCCCGGUUCCGAAGGGCUGGACCUUGCUGCGCGCUUUGUGCCUGUUUGUCCUGUUGGAGCAGGUACUCACGACCCUACAGUACUCUGGCCUGGAGUCCUGUAACAGUGAUGAAUACAUGAAUGCUGGCCGCUGCUGCAAGAUGUGCCCUGCAGGUCAGUAUGUAGAGAAGCCCUGCAUGAGACCCCACACCCAGGGAGUGUGUGUAAAGUGUGAGCCGGGGACAUACACAGCAUAUGCCAACGGCCUGGAGUCUUGCCUCCUCUGCUCCACCUGCCGGGCUGACCAAGAAGUGGUGCGAAAAUGCUCCCCAACCAAUGACCAGAAAUGCGAGUGCAAACAGGGCUACUUCUCUGAGGACACUGGGUGUUUGGAACACUGCACGCCAUGUGAUAAGUGUCCUGAUGAGACUGCAGUCCUGCGGGAAUGCAAUGCCACAUCAAACACAGUCUGCAGAGCAGCCCAUUCAGUUUUAGAAAAGAGAAACCGGUUGUAUACGUUCCUGUGCAUCAUACCUCUCCUGGGAAGUAUAGCCUUCUUCUGUUUCCUUAUGAAACGGAGACCCUGGGUGCAUACUAGUCUGUCUAACAGCAGAACUAAUAGUAACAGCUCCUUGAGAAAAGCAGCAAGUGUCCAGGUUGGAGAAAACUGCAGUGAUUUGCAGGACAUGAUGAAUGCAGACCUGGCAUGAGGAUGGCUCAUUCAAAUGUAAGACAGAUGGAGAUGACACCUCUCGACCAGGGUCAGCUCUUAGAUCACCUGUGGGGGAGGUAAGGGGUAGCAGUAGCUGCUCAAGGAGCUGCCUGUGUUUUCGGUGCCUGAGAAUUAGGUAGCUAAAUAUUCUAAUGGCCAGAUGGGAACCAAAGCUCUUACACAGGUAGGAUCUUCUAAUUUUCAAAGAUUUGAUUUAUGAUGGAAACACUGAGACAUGAGAAAGGCAAAAAUAUGCAAGGGAUACUUUGGGAUUUGUUAUGCUUGUAUCUAGAUGAACCUCACCCUUUGCAACCUCAAAAUUGCAAAUGGCUUUUGCUUUGAGAAGAGAGCCCAGAGCUCCCUGCUGCAGAAUGGUGGCAGUCUAGGGACAUUAUCCUCAGGAUGGGUUUCAUAGUGCUCAGCAGUCCAGAAAACAGAGAAGGAAAGCUGGCUACUGCUCCAGCUGGUGGCAGACCUUGCAGACGUCACUAGUUUAGGUGCAUUCAAAAUGCAAGAGUUGUGUGAUCAGGACGGUCUGCCCAGAUUUCAGAACGUCUGGGAGACCAGGUAGUGUGCCCCUGAGACAGCAGUGUGCGAAACUGUGAAUGUAAAGCAUAAAAUGCACUGGAGACCCCUGAAGACUGCAGAGGCCAGGAAUUUGGAUCAUCUGAGUGGGGAAAACUGCCAGGAAUGAGCCAAGCCUGCCCAUGCUGGAAGCCAGGAGAACUGCAACCACCUACAGUGCCAUAUGGUAGAGCCACUCAAGCCCUUGGGAGUUGACAUCUCUUCUCACGGAUUACACUGGAUGCUGGACUGGGAACUAUGGAAUUUAAUGUGUGCCAUGCUGGGUUUAGUUCUUGCUUUCCCAUUCCUUUCUAUUCCCCUAUUUUUACCUUCUGGAUUAACAGUGUUUAUCUUGUGCCAUUGUAUGUUGGGAGUGUGUGGCCCACUGGGCAUCAUGUCUACUUUGCCAUAAAGGUGCAUUACUGAGUGUAUAUAAUAACUAUUUUUAUUCUUUAGAGUAUUUCUAUUGAACAAUUAUUAAUUUUAAUUUAUUAUUGUUUAAUUUAUAAUUUAUAAUUGUUUAAUAUUAAACAAUGAGUAUGUAACAGAAAACAAUAACAAAAUGUAAAGUGAUCUUUUAAUAUUUAUUGUUUAUAAAAAGACAUUAAAAUUUUGAAUAUCACA